AUGUCUUUGCGGCGAAAGCUCAAGGGGAAGAAGCCGCCAGAGGGCUGGGAGCUCAUCGAGGAGGUCAUAGAGGACUUUGAGCAGCAGCUCAAGGAAGCUGUCAAUGAGGAGCACGAGGGCAAACGGAAGACAGAGUUAACCUGGAAGAUUCAUCGGUUACAUUGGGAAAAGAACCGAUUUAUAUAUGACCUGAUGUAUCAGCGCAAAGUGAUGUCAAGGGAGUUGUUCGAGUGGCUGGUUCGCGAAAAGGUGGCGGACGGUUCCUUAAUCGCAAAAUGGCGCAAACCUGGUUAUGAGAUCCUGUGCUCCAUGCUGGCGAUCCAGAAGGGCAACCACAACUUUGGGACGACGAGCCACUGUCGUGUGCCGCUGCGGGCGCGCGCCAAGCAGCAGCGGAUUACGCCGGACGUUCAGACGGGUUGCAUCUCAUGUGCUUCGGGCGACGGCAAGUGA